AUUACCUUCCUUGGAUGGUGUUCAGUCUACUAGAGGUAAGAGCAUUCCUGAAAUAUGAAUCACGAAAUCGUCACCGAAGUCGUCGCACAUGACUGCACGUUAAUAUGUAUAUUAUUGGCCGUUCAUCCAAAAACAUAGCACUGUAAUGUGUACUUUAGGAACAAGUGGUUUGUACCUAUAUAUUCGUACUAUAUGUAUAUUUACUUUGUAUUUUAAUGUUUCUGUCUUUUCAUUCACUUACUUGUUUCGUCUCGUUUAAUAUGGUAUUGUUCUUCUACCUUUGAUUCUUCUUGCCCUUCCACUUCUUCUCUUUUUGUUCUUAUUCUUCUUCUCACUUGAAAUCGUUAUUCUUAAUAUACAUUUCUCAUAAUACUUUACCUCCUAUGUAAUUUUAUAUCAAAUCUCUCAAUACAUUUCCCUUAUUCAUUUCCCUUAUUCCUAUCAACUCCACCUUCUAUCUUACCUUCCCAUUCAUUCCCAUUCUUAAUAAUUUUUAACGAUCUGGAAAUCAACAUUCUGAUUUUAACAUUGACUUUUUUGAAAUGUUCAUAUAUCAAUAUGAUUCAUAUUGAUUAUAAAACUUUGUAUUCUAUAUAUUAGCGGAUUUGUUUAAUGUUAUAUGUGUUCUGUGAUUAAGUUCGCUGACGUCGUAUGGUCAAUGUUCUGUCAUAAUUUGUUUAUCUUCAGCUAUGUAAUAAUUGUUGUUUUUGUGUUGUGUUAUAUUGUACACUAUGCUAUGCCUUAUUGUCAUUCGUUUUUAUGCCUUGAUUGAUUCUUUUAAUCUAAAAACAAACCAUUCUAAACUGAAUUUGAAUAACCGAGAUCAUAACAAGGCUAAGGAACAGGUUUGUUCCUCUGUAUUGUGUGUACCAUGACCUUUUUGUUCACCUUGUAUACGUGCAUAUAUCACAGAUCGGCCAUCGAACUCUAACGAUGCCUCUGUCAAAGUCAACAGAAAUUCCAGUCAGGAAGUUAAUCUAGAAGACCAUGGAAUAUCAAUGUACCUUCCUCCAGGAGCGGUUCUAUCUGAUGACUCUUGUCAGUUCACCCUAGCCAUCCUUACAGACAAUCCCGGUAUUUAUGUCACUGAAGGUGAAUCAUUGAUCUGCUACGGGAUCAGGUGUGACCCUCAUACCUUGAUCUUCAACCAGCCUGUUAAGAUCAAUAUACCACAUUCUUUAUUGGUCGUAAAUCCAGAGCAGGUGAAACCAGACAUCGUUUGUCGUGUGUGGGACUCAAUCACGAAUCUACCAAAAACUCUAAUAAAGCAAUCUUCCAGCUCACCAGACAAACCACCAUACUGCAGAAUGUACAAAAGACAUCUUGAGCUGUACAUUGGCCACUGUGCAGAGUGGUGGGUUCUGAUUCCUCUUGAACAACAGGUGAUCCGACAACAACUUAUUUGUACUCCAUACGUCCCAGACAGGAUCGAAAGAGGACAAGAGUUUGCAGUUAAUCUUCAGUUGUGUAAUGACCUACCUGGAAACGAAGCGGCUACUCAAGAGGAGUCGAGACAACAAUCUUACCAUAGAUGUCAUCGCUCGGUCCCUUUCAAUGUUGAAAAAAAGGCUGGUGACGUCACAAUCACGUGCCAUCGUGAGGAAGAAGAAAUUGAAAGCCAGAUCGUUUCUCUUAGGGACCUUCUAGCCAAGAUAAGCCAAUGUAUAUCGAUAUACGUUCCACCCAGUGAAGACGAUCUAAACUUUGCAGUGAUUACCAUAACAAUUACACAGGCUGGGAAGCUUGGGAUAUCACGAUCUAUUGCCUUUGUCAUCAGAUAUACAGAUGGACCUGUAUGCCAAUUUCCCUCCAAACAAACAGACGUCACUAGGUAA